UGCGUUCUUUAUUUUAAUUUCAACCCAACGUGCAGACUGCAAACACCUCCACUGAUCUUCUGUCUAGAAAAAUGGCAGCCGAAGUCAUAAAAAUCUUCUUCCCCAAAAUCAUCAUCAUCUUCAUAACUCCUUCGUUUCCUUUCCAAUGAUCUCUCAUUCCCAUCUUCUCCCUCACUACUCUCUCUUCCCAAACCUCCUCACCAAACCUCCUCACUCCUUUCCUUCUCUCUCCUCCAUUACCAUGCUCUCUUCUCUCUCUCUCCGCCCACCUAAUCCCACCACCACUUGUCGCCUCUCCAUCUCCGCCGUCUCUAACGAUAACCCUCUCAAUCCCAAACCAGUUAAUUCAAUUCCGCCUCUGCAAAUCGCCAUUAUCGGAUUUGGCAACUACGGUCAAUUCCUCGCGGAAACACUAGUUUCCCAAGGCCACAUUCUCUUCGCUUAUUCCAGAUCUGAUCACUCCGCCGCCGCUCGCCGUCUCGGCGUCUCCUUCUUCACAGAUCUUCACGAUCUCUGCGAGCGUCACCCCGACGUCGUUUUACUCUGUACUUCAAUCCUCUCCACCGAGAAUGUACUCAAAACGCUGCCGUUUCAGAGACUCCGUCGUAACACACUCUUUGUCGAUGUUCUCUCCGUUAAAGAGUUUGCAAAGACUCUCCUCCUUCAAUACUUACCCGAAGAUUUCGAUACUCUCUGCACGCACCCAAUGUUUGGUCCCCAGAGUGUGAAGAGUUCGAAUCGCGGAUGGCGAGGUUUACGAUUCGUCUACGACAAGGUUAGGAUCGGCGAAGAUAGCUCGAGGGUUUCAAGGUGUGAGGAUUUUUUGGCGAUCUUCGAGCGUGAAGGAUGUGAGAUGGUUGAGAUGAGCUGUGCAGAUCAUGAUAGGUAUGCUGCUGGAUCGCAGUUCAUAACGCAUACAGUGGGUAGGGUUUUGGAUAUGCUGAAAUUGCAAUCUACGCCGAUUAACACUAAAGGGUAUGAGGCAUUGCUUGAUUUAGCUGAGAAUACUCGUGGGGAUAGCUUCGAUUUGUACUAUGGGUUGUUUGUGUAUAAUAAGAACUCGUUGGAGAUGCUAGAGAGGAUGGAUUUGGCUUUCCAAGCGUUGCGUAAGGAACUUUUUGGUCGACUUCAUGGUGUUGUGAGGAAGCAGCUCUUUGAAGGUGAAACACAGAGAGCUCUUGUUUUUCCAAAUGGUCAUGAAAAUGAUGCUUCUUUGGAUACGAUUAGGUCAAAAGAUGUUAUUUUGAAGUAUGAAUAUAACGCCGAGCUCUCUAGCAGCGUCAAUGACAGUUCGAGGCUCAAGAUUGGUAUAAUCGGGUUUGGAAACUUUGGACAGUUUCUAGCGAAAACGAUGGUUAGGCAGGGUCACACGGUGUUAGCUUAUUCGAGAACUGACUACACUGAUGAAGCUGCGAAGCUGGGUGUCUUGUAUAUACCAGACAUUGAUGAUCUAUUUGAAGAGCAUCCUGAAGUUAUUCUUCUUUGUACAUCAAUCCUCUCGACUGAAAAAGUUCUCAAGUCACUCCCUUUUCAGAGACUGAAGAGAAGCACACUUUUUGUGGAUGUGCUUUCUGUAAAAGAGUUCCCCAGGAAUUCCUUUCUUCAAACUCUCCCACAGGAUUUUGAUAUUUUGUGUACACAUCCCAUGUUUGGACCAGAGAGUGGUAAAAAUGGGUGGAAAGGUCUUUCCUUUGUGUUUGAUAAAGUUAGGAUCGGAAAAGAUGAUAGAAGAACAUCUAGGUGUGACAGUUUUCUCGAUAUUUUUGCUCGUGAGGGAUGUUUUAUGGUGGAGAUGUCGUGUGCUGAACAUGAUUGGCAUGCUGCUGGAUCGCAGUUUAUAACACACACUGUAGGUAGGGUUCUGGAGAAGCUGAGCUUGGUAUCAACUCCUGUCGAUACCAAAGGUUAUGAGACGUUGCUAAAAUUGGUGGAGAAUACUGCUGGUGACAGCUUUGAUCUUUAUUAUGGACUGUUUUUAUACAAUCCUAAUGCAAUGGAACAGCUUGAGAGGUUCGAUUUGGCUUUUAAAUCAUUGAAGAAACAGCUCUUUGGACGAUUACAUCGUCUUCUGCAUAAACAGCUGUUUGGGAAUGAUAGAGAUACUCAAAUCAUGUUGGAGACUACUGGCUUGUCAACUUUCAGAUGAGCUGAUUUUGCUAGAUCAUCUUCGCCAACGACGACUAAGCUAUAAAAUAGAUAAAGUCAAUUGUUCACGCAGUUUUGCUCCUCGACUACAAUUUUUCUUCAACUCAAUUUUCACUUAGCUCAGUUUGAAAUUGACGUUUUUACUUUGGAGAAAAUCGUUGGGUCAUUGUAUCUUUAUUUGACCCUUUAGUUGGUCUAUUGUCCUCUAUAAGGGCUUCACAUUCCUAAUUGGUUUUAAAUGUUAUACAGAAAUAAAAGUU